CAUCCACUGCCUUCUAUAACCAAAUAGGCCUACCGCGCAAAUUUUCAUCGAACAAUUAUGGCCAAAUUUCUCUUUCUUUGAGUUCACAUAUUCAAACACAAUUUUAUUUUUUUAUAUUUUUUUCAGAAAGAUCAGCCACAGGCUUCUCAAUCACUCACUCAUUCCAACAAAAAUUAACAUAAGACAACAAAAAAAAGGUUAAAAAUAGUUGUCUUCGAUCAUUCCGCCCUCACGUUACGGCUUUCAGGAUGACCCCACUAUGAAAAAGACCCGAAAUUCCACCACCACUACCACUGGCGGCGGCAGAGCCACGACGGCGAUGAGGGUGAUAGUGCCCUUACAAGGUAUAGUGCAAGGCCGUGGAGGUCUUUUCUUGGGUUCAGUUAUACCCUGUGCUCUCUUUUACUUUCUUCAGCUCUACCUCAAGGGAAGGGGUGGGAGCAAGUCCGACGAACCUCCGGCGCCAACGGAGACGGAGAGUUCUCCGUCGGAGACCCAUUUGCCGGAAGUGUCGACUUUGCAGAGGGUUCAUUCAAGGUUGCUGCUUUCUCCACGAGGGUCUAGUGGGCCGGCCCAGGUGUCGUCUAGAGCUAAUGCAAUUGCUAAGCAGGCUGAUGGUCCUUACUUUUUGGGCCUGAAGCAGGCUGCUGAUGACCCGUAUGAUGAAAUGAAUAAUCCGGAUGGUGUAAUUCAACUUGGGUUGGCUGAAAACAGAGUGGUUGUCAUUGGACGUGGUUCAGGAGUGGCUAGCGGACAAUACAAGGGAAUCAAUAAUAUGCCAGGACUUGAGCAUAAGUGGUAUUGCAGCAUAUCAGUCAUUUGACGGGUUGCUGGAGUUGAAAGUGGUUAGUCUUUCUACUUUUGUAUCCAAAAAUGUAACUAAGCCUUUGCAUCUCUUUAAUUAGUUAGCGGUGUGAAAGAUGUGAUCUUUAUGGCACUUAUAUAAAAUUCUAGGUCUAAUGUAGAAUACUAAUUAAUGUCGCAUCUCAUUUAAGCGUAGAAACAAAUUAUGACAAUUUAAAUCCCAGCAAUGGGAUUUGGCUGAUUAUACAAAUUCAACAAUAUUCCCUUAGAAAUAUUAAACUCGAUUCCUGUGAGUACCGGUAAUUCUGUAAUCUGCUAGCAAUAUCUAGAAAUAAUCUACUUGAAUGAGUUGCUUUUGCUUCUAGCUUUUUUGAAAGUUUAAGAAGUGCCUUUUGAAGCAUUUUAGCCCCCGUUAACUUUCAUUCCAUUACAUUCUAUUUUUCUCUCUUGUAUUUUCAACCACACAAUAUUCCAUA